UGAGACGGGCGGGAGGUGCCCGGGAAGCGGGGUGGCCUCGCCUCGGGGCGCCGUGCGGUUGCUCAUGAGAAUAAAAAGGAAUGCUACUUAAUCACAAAUAUGUUUAGUAUUUAUGCUUACUCAGCAUCAUUAAGACUUCAUUGCAGCUGACUAGAGUGAGAGGCACUGGAAUAGUGAAUUCUGAUACUGUCAGAAAAAUGUGCUUUAGUGACAUAAGAAGAUGGAAGAUGAGAUAAAUUCACCACUUCAGAAAAUAUUGCAAGAUCCUAAUGGCAAAUUCAUCCAGUGAUUCAGACAACUUUCUUACGGGUCGAACAGGAAGACGGCUGCCUUUGAGAGCAUCCUACAACAGAGCUCAGAACUAUGGUGCUGAAGCAGUUACAGAGAAAAUCCAUACUUUAGCAAGCACUUUACAGGAUACCAACAGAAAUCUGAGACAUGUUGACCAUUUGCUAGGACAGUACAGAGAAUAUAACAAGGAACAAACCGAAGCAAUAACAACGUUAAAAGAAACACUGGAACAAUCUAUAGGUCAAUUAAGGAGCCAGCGACUAACACGAAACUCUGGAAUGAGAAGUGCAUCUCUCUCAAGCUUAUAUCCUAGUGAUCUGGAUGGAGAAGGACCGUCAGGGAACCGCCACUUCCUGCCUACUUCUCCUCUCAGGGAUUACGGAGACUCACAGGGCAAUAAACAUCGAAGGUCUAGAUCUGCAAGUGUGCGAUUUGUCAAUGAGACAGAUAAUUGGGACCAGCUGCAUUCUUUCCAUCAGUCUCUUCGAGAUCUCAGCAGUGAACAAGUUCGCCUAGGAGAUGACAUCAGUCGGGAGCUUUCAAGGAGAAAUCGGACUGAUGCUGAAUUAAGAAAGACUCUAGAAGAAUUGUCUGAAAAGCUCACUGAGUCCCAAAGACAAGAAACGGUAUCAGAACGCGUAGAGAGAAGACUUCAGGAGAUAGAACAAGAGAUGCGUGCUGAAAGACAGCUUGUAGAAAGGCGCCAGGACCAAUUGGGACAUAUGUCUCUUCAAGUACAAGAGGCUUUAAGGAAGCAAGAUGCUAAAGCAGCUGAAACAGAAGAACUCAUGAAAAACAAACUUGUGAAAUACGAAAGUGAAAAAAAACAACUUGAGCAGGAAUUGGAGCAGUCUCGGAAAAAGUUGAGUGAAUCUGAAGGCAGUAGAGAAGUUCUUUUGCAUCAGAUUGAGGAUCUUCGUUCCCAACUUCUGAGAGCAGAAGAAGACCGUGUAGAAUUGCAACAUCAAAUUUCACAUGCUGCUGUGCAUCGCCAAAGCUACCAGGAUGUACAAGAUGAUGACAGGAGAGUUAGAGCAGUAGCUGAAAGAUAUGAGAGAGAGAAGCAAGAUCUGGAGAAACAUAUUUUGGAACUUAAAGCAAAGCUGAAUCAUAAUGCUGUAAUGUCAGAGGUAGAAGAACUAAAGAGAUGCAUAGAGCGUAAGGACAAGGAGAAAGCCCAGCUUGUAAUGCACAUACAGGUGUUAACGUCUGACGUGGAAAACAAGGAGAAGCAGCAGGAAAAAAUGCUGGACCAGCUAAAGGAGAUACAGAAUUGCUACAAGGCUUGUGAGAAUAGGUGUAGACAAACUGAACUCCAGUCUUCUGAGUUAGCUCAACAGGUUGAAGAAAGUACCAAAGAAGCAGAACGGUAUCUCUCUGAAUUCAAGCACUCAGAGGCACUCAGGCUGGAGACUGAGAAAAAAAGAGAAGAUUUGAAGGUGAGAGCACAGGAAGCCAUCCGCCAGUGGAAGUUGAAAUGUAAGAAACUGAGUCGUGAGACGGAAAAACAAAAUGAAACUAUCAAUGACCUGAUGGAAAAGAAUAGUCAGACCCUCAAAGAAAAGGAUGAUCUCAGAAGUCAGCUUCUCUCAGCUAUACACCAAAUAGAAAACCUCCGGAAAGAGCUGAAUGAUGUGCUUACAAAGAGAGCCCAGCAGGAAGAACUCCUCCACUGUAAAGAGGUAAAACUGAAUGAAAUGAAGUCACACGAGGUAUCUCUUGAAGAAGAGAUCAAAGAAGUUCAAGGUACUGUAAAAAAAUUGGAGAAUGAGUUGAAAAAGCAAGUCUUUCUACAAAAUCAAAUGCAAACUGAGAAGGAACACUUGAAGACAGAACUUGCAACUAUUAACUUGAUCCAUAAAAAAGACCAAGAACGACUCUUAGAAAUGCAAGCAGAUGUAAAAAAUUUAAGCUCUGUACGUGUGGAACUAACAAACAAAAUAGCAGAAGAGGAGAAAGUCAAAAAGGAAUUACUUAAGAACCUCUCAGAUCUCCAGAAACAGCAGGAAUCUAAACAUGAAGAGAUGACUUCAGCUAACAGGCAGCUGAAGAUGGAAAGAGAAGUUUACCUACAGGAGUUGGCAGAUCUUAGAUCAGAGUUACAAAAUGUCAAAAUCAAACAUGAACAAAAGGUUCAAGAACUCAUGAAACUCCUUAAACAGGAAAAGGAGGAUGCAGAGGCUCAAAUUAGAAUGCUAAAGAUGGAGCUUUUAGAAGAGAAAAACAUAGUCAAGACUCAGUGUCGACAACUGGAGAAGAUAAAAGUUGAGUGUGAUAAAUUGACAGAAGAAUUAACCCAAAAUGAAGAAGAAAAUAUAAAACUAAAACGGAAAUGUGAGUUUGUAGAACAAGAACUGGAGAAAAAGGAAAAACAGAUCAGCAAUGAGGAGGAUCAUUUGAGAAAGAUGAGUGAGGCCAGACUGCAGUUUAAGGAUCAGCUGCGUCACUUAGAAAUGGAACAGCAAUCCAUUCUCUCCAUGAUAGGAAGUGAAAUUGAUUCUGCUUGUGAAAUUUUUUCUCGGGACUCUGUGGAAAAAUUCAAAGCAAUAUCACUUACACCAACAGUUCUGAAUGAUCCUCAUCGCUGGUUAGCAGAAACAAAGACUAAGCUUCAGUGGCUGUGUGAGGAGGUAAAGGAGAGAGAAAGUAAGGAAAAAAAGCUCCGAUGCUACUUAGUGCAAAGCCGAGAACAGCUCCAGCACUUUACACAGAUGAAGGAGACUGAACAUCAGUCUCUCUUUAAGCAGAUAAAAAACCAAGAAAAACUUUUGGAAGAAGUUCACAGAGAAAAAAGAGAGUUACUAGAGAAGACACACAGAAGAGAGGAAGAAAUGGGAGCUCUCCAGGAACGUAUUAUGACCUUGGAAAUGAGCACUCGAGCAGCUUUAGACCAUCUGGAGUCUGUUCCUGAGAAACUGAGCCUGUUAGAAGAUUUGAAAGAUACUAGAGAGUCCCAUUGCCGAAGGGAGAUGAUCGAGGAAAGGUAUAUGAAGUAUAAAGAGAUAGUGAGUUCUUUACAGCAACAGCUGGAAGAUUCAAAGCAAGGAGACCAGCAAGUCAAGGAUGUGAAAAUGGAUGCUGAGAUUUCUGAUAUAGAAGUGGCUCCUCACUCUUCUAGUUGGCAAACUCAAAACAACUUUUUGUCCAGCUCACUGCUCUCAGAUUCAGGCUCACUUACAAAACAAAUGGUUCUUUUUGAUACAAGUGCCACCAAGGAAGAUUCUACCAAUGUUGCUGUCAGUGAAAUGAAGCUGCAAGCAGAAAGAGGAAAGCAGUAGAACAUUUAUGAAACCACACCAGUUUUCUCUGUGGUAAAUUCCAUUCCACUCUUUUAUUGGUUUUGAAAAGUAAUAAUUCCAUCUGCUAUAGGAGUGAUGCACUCUUAAUGAUUCAUCAAUUGCCAAACACUGAAAUGAAAGAGCACCAAGAGUGAUCCUGAUGAAGUCUUGUGAAAAUGUACGUGACUUGUACACCAAAGGCUUUCUGGGAUUUUGCUAUUCUCUUGUAUUUAUUUCUCCAAUAUUCCUAGACUAAAUUUAUUAUAUUCCUGAAAUAUUAUGAAGUGAAAUACCUGUGACAUUAAUCUUAGCUAUGAGCUUAUUUAUCCCUAUACAGGAAUUGUUCUGACAGUUGGCUUUUUAUUACAUUUAAUAACAUUAUUAAUAAUGAAAAAAUAUCCAGAAAAUACCUAUUAUUAUGAGAGUCAUUAUACAGUGUUGUACAGACACAUUUGUGAUUGUAGGUUCUUUGGUUUGCAAAAAUCAUUUAAGAAAGAAGUGAUAACGCAAAAUUUUCUCAAAUUAUUGAAAAUUCACAUCUUGGUUUCAGGUUCAGCAUAUAUCUGUUAUAAGCUGUCUAGAAUUAUUCUUCUGGCCAGAGCAGUUUUAUCAGAUGGCCUCUGGCAAGGCACUUUAAAGCAUCUGAAUCUCACCCUUCUGUAUUAAGAGUGUGGAAUGACACUGCUAUGUGGCUGUGAAAAUUUUAAUAUUAGGGUUUAAUGAUCGUUUAUUUAUUCUGUUUUAUUCUCUAUUAGAGAUGUGGCAUAUUGAUUGUAAAAUGAUAUGGAAAUAUGAUAUUACACAUUUUUAUUUGUUCAGAUAUCUAUAUUCUAAACAAAUUGGAUAUAAUUUUGCAUUACAGGAGUCUCAAAUAGCAUAUCACAGAAGAAUUUUCUGCUGUCAAAAGAAAUGCAAGUGUUUCUGAUGGUCCUUGUUUUAUUCUCCUCUCGAAUGCUUCUGGGUCAAUCACUACUAAUGUGCUUUAAAAGAUUUGCCAAAUCUGUCAGAGUACUGUAGCAACAUUAAUGCCAUUGAAACCAGGUUUUUUUGUAGACUUCUUUCUAUUUAGGAAGCCUAUUUCUUCUCUGAGACAGUCAUUUAUUAGCACUGUAGGUGUCUCAGGCAUAAUUCACAGGUCACCAUGUGCCACCUCAAGACAGGGCCUUAUUUUUUCUUUUUUUUUUUUUUUUUAAAUUUUCUAAGAAAUGUUAUGCAGUCACAGUGGGUUCUCUGGACAGUGCACUUACUUAACAAUCACAUUGUAUUUGUCUUGUUUCAAACAGAAUGUGCUGACAACAUAAAAAUGAAAAUUCCAGACAUGGAAAUGAGAAAAAAAUUGAGUUCAUUCUCUUUUCAUUUUCUAUGCAUUUAAGUUGCAUAAAAUUAAAAAAAAAUCUGAUUUGGUUAAAAAAGUUUUUCUUACCUUUUGUAUGUGUAUAAUGCUGUGCACAGCAGCGCUGCCAUUGGCUUUUUUCAGACUUCUGGCACAUCUGUUUAUUCAGAAGGUCAAGAAAGCAAAACAGGCACAUCCAUCUCUUCUGAUCUCAACAAAAAUGACAGGGACAAGAAAAAACCAACAAAUUAACUUCUAUUCUCUAGAAAGACCGUGGAUGUUAUGAAGUUUUUAGCUCAAGCCACAGUUACCUUAAACUAAACUUACUUUUAGUGGAUCCAACAUUUGUAAUUUAUUUUUUUAAUUAGAUAAGAGCGGAGCUGGAAAUACAGUAUUCAAAAUAUUUUAUCUAGCUUUUCUGCUGAAACAUUAAAAAUUGCAAAAUGAUAUGUCACCAGCUUGCAGACUUUAUGGUACUCACAAAUUAUCACCAAAAUAUAGAAAGGUCACUUUAAAAUAUAUUAUGAAACAGUAAAUCAUGCUCUCAAAACACAUUAUGUUGUAAUGGGGUCUGGUACGUGGAUUGCUGAUGGAUAGAUGUAUGCUAAACCCAUUUUACUGAAGUUCAAAUGAUUUUUGAGGUAUAAGUGCCUUUUGGUAAAUGAAUUGGCCUUUAAGAAUGGACCUUCUCAGCUGAGAAGUAAUACACAGAAAAAUAUUGUCCUCUCUUUUUCCUAGGAAAUUUGUAAAAAUCUUCCACUUUUAUGUUUUUAUACAUUUUUUCCUCACCUGUAACUUAGAAAUCUGAAGUAUGUUUUCUUAAAGCGGUAUCACUACUGCUUUAGAGUGUUAGAAAACUAAGGAUAAGCAAUCUGAUCUCCCUCACUAUAACAUCAAAUGUUGAAUUGAUUUUUGUACUAUGCAGGACAGAAAUUACUGCUAGGUGAAUAAUUUUAGUGUUAAAACUUUAAAUAUGCUCAGUACUUAGUAUAUUUGCCAUUGGCUGUGUGACUGGGUUUUCUGCGGAGUUUUAUAUCCUUUUGUAAAAUUUUCUAGAAGAGCUGGAAUAACAGAAGUCAAACCACACUAAAAAAAAAGAAAAAAAAAGGAAUUUUUACUGACUAGACUUAUGGACUCCAAAGCCAGGAAAUUCUUUCUUAAAUUUACCCUCUUGGCAAUGCAGUCUAGAUAGCAUGUAAUAUGUCUAUCUUCCACCUUUGAUAGAGGUUCAUAUUACAAAGUGAAUUUUGUUUCCUCUUUACUGAAGGCUAAAGUUCUAUUCAUGACAUUAUGUGAAACUGUCCCUUUGUGGUUUAAGAAAUAAUAUUUUUUCCAUAUUGACCUGAAAUAGUACUCUACUGACCAGUUUCAGUUUUUAAAGUAAAAAAACAGAUAAUUUUUAAAUAAAACGUUUUGUAUAUUUCAGAUCAUAAAAUUGCUGUCCCUUCUGGUACUCAGAUAUUUUCUACACUUUAAUUACCUGUUCCUCUAUUCUUGCCCAAAGUAGUGGUUUUCAAUAAUCAACAAAUGUGGUAUCAUACAAAAAAAAUGGUGGUUUGUUUCUCGGUUCUGUUCAGCAUUUGGUAAAUCAGGAACCUUUUUAUGUAUGUACUAAGUACAUACAAAUCUGACAAGCUAAUAUCAGGCAUUCUUUUUUUUUUAAUGCUGUCCUGAAAUACAGUUUUUCAUUAUUGUGCUUUUAGAAAUGCACUGGCCCUCUAUUUCAGCAUCAAAUAAUUGACACUUGAAUAAGCUAUAAAUUUUAUGCCAUUCAGUUCCUUAAUGUUUUACAGCAGACUUGAGAGUACUUCAUUACUUUUGAGAUUAUAUUUAGUUGAUAGCCAAAAUAAUUUAUUUUUUAUUAUGUAAUUAUGUCAUCCUAAGAAGAAAUGUCAAAAUAAAAAUAAAAAUUAGUCCAGGAUAAAAAAUAAAUUUUUACAGUGUUUUCUUACAUUUACUUCUCAAAUUUUUGAUGGAAGCCAGUCUUCAGUGAUGGUGAAUGUACUCCUUGGAUAUUCAAAGCUCAGCCAUGUUUUUAUUAGCUUCUCCAACAAAGUAAAUAAAGAAGAUACAUGAAAAUCCCAUACAACAAAGAAACUGCUGUUCUAAAAUCAAUUUUUGAGUUAAGAGAUCUGCAUAUCAGUUGAUCUCUGGCUUACAAGGCAUAGUCUCUGCACUGCGUAGCACUGAAUGUUUUUUCUUGAAUGAAAAUGCCAGUAUUACCCUGGUAUAAUUUUUGUUGCUAAAAAUGAGUAGUAUGCAACCUGAAUACAUUAUCAUAUCAACAACACUCAGAAAAAUUUAUUCAUUGGUUUAUGUGGGACUGCUUGUUACAGUCAAAUUUUGCUAUGACUACGUUAAAGCCAUCAUGUUUGUAGGAUGUUAGUACCAUAUUCAUCUCACUCUAAGCCCUGUCUUCACCCCACAGAAGCAAUUGAUACUGAAGUUAAUGUGAGCUGCAGGCCAAUAUCUAGGGGUACAGCCUUGUCAAAAAUGGAUGUGCAGAAGGACAUCACACAAAUUCCUAUGGUUUUGAUCUAAUUGUAGAAUUUAGAAGCAGAUGUAGAGGAAAAGUAGUAGCAGAAGGAGUGGAAAGCAGUUUGUGAUUAAAUUAAAAUUUCAGAACACUUUUAUUCUUAAUGUGCCUUAAUUUAAAAACUGCUUUAGAGCUAGUAUUUACACCUGAAUGAAAGUGAUCCCUGAAUAAGAUUCCAUCUUGGAUAUUUUUUACAUGCUAAAAUACUUUCUACUCUAGCACAACUCAACUCUUUACUGUAAGUAUGUCUAGGCUGUUGGGAGUAUGAACUUAUUUGCUUUUCUAUGUAAAGACCUAAAUUGGAAUUUAAAUCUGAAGAAAAUUUUAGUGCUGUAUACAAGAGUACAGCAGAGCUGAAUCCGAUAAGCUAAGUCUUUCAAAAAUCUCUAAACUAAUGCCUCUGGGAAUGUUGACAGCAAACUCGAAAGAGAAUGCUGUGGUUAAAAUCCAGCAACAUCCAACAUUUAUCAUUUAUGCUAACAGCAAAAGCUCUCGUUUCUAAAGCUGAAAUUGCACAUCUGUCAUUUCUCAAUCUGAAAUAAUGAGAUUUUGUUUUCUCUUGCCUUAAUAAUGCCAAAAUCUAUAAUGUGAAAAUACGCAGUGAUGAUAUUUUUAAAUUUCUAGUAAUUUUAUUUAGGAAUCUAAUAGCUGCUGUUUGGAUCUAAAUAUUUUUGGAACAGGGUUGUUAACAUUUUUGUUAAAGUAUUACAUUUAAAUACAAGAACUGCAUAAAGAUAUCUCUUUUAGGUUAGUUUUGCUAUCUUUUUUUAGGGACAUGGCUCCUUAAUAGGUGUUUUGUUUGAAAAAGUACAACAGUUGUUCUAGAGUUGUCUGUUAUUUUCAUCUGUCUUCAGACCAGAGCUGUUUUGAUCUUAGACUGAUUUUCUCAUCUGCCACCUACAGUGCACUACUGUGACAGAAGACAUUCCACAUUGACUUACAGAAUUAUUGUCGAUAAUUUUGGUAGUUGAUAUUCCUAUGGAAUUACAUCAGUUUUGAAGGCAGUUGUUUCUUAUAAUAUAAUCUCUUUUCAUAUGAAUUCUCCCACUCUUACUUCUUUACUAAAAUAAAAGCUACUUAGUAGAUGGACUAACAUCAGGUCACAUGCUGUCUAAUGUUAAAGAUUAUCCCACAGGCCAAAGUAAAUGUGUGCUACUACAUUUGUCUAGAUUUUCUGAAUGGUACCAUUUGAUUCUACUAUGAUUUUGUAGAAGGAAAUGGUGAAGGAUAGACUUUGCUGCAAUAACCCUGAAAUAUUAUUGAUUCCGGGCAAAAAGUGAGACUAAUUUAGGAUGUCUGCCCAAGUGCUUGUAUUACGAAGUAUAUUUCUUCAGUGUGUAAAUAUCAAAUUGCCUUUAUUGUAAACGGUUGCUGACAUCUAAACUAUUUCUGAAAAGUGAUACUGAAAUUUGCUAAAAAUGAUCACAAAGUAUCAUUCUGCAAACAUGGAUCUCUGUGUCACUCACAUUGUUAAACAAGCAUGGAACUGGGAGGGCAGCCUGAUCUAUGUUCUGGCAUUAGGCUCUUCACAACAACCACCAGUGACACAGUUUUGUACUUAGUGCGGAAAAUGAUGAAGAUGAGCUGUGUUUUACUGCUGGCCAAGAGAACCUAGAGAACAGUUUGCAUCAGUGGCAUGAGCUAUUUUCUGUAUGGAGCUCAAUGAGUGCACCAUUUUUACUGAGGCUUUCACUGCCAGGUACAGCACUAACAGCAGUUUCAUUCAAACAGCUGCAACCAUGAAGACAUCAUGUAGCUGGCAGAACUUUUGUUGCAUGUUUUGACUAACAGAAUGUCAACAAGUCCAUCAGAAACCUUGGAGUUGUUUGUUUUGUCUUCACUGGACCAGUCUCCAGCACAGUCACAAAGCUAUAAAAUGCAGAAACCUUCAUCAGUGUGGGCUACAUCAGCAGGGAGGCUCACUAGCCAUCGAAGGUGAAUCCAUUAGAACGUUGUUCAUUGAUUGAUUAGAGAUCUAUAAAUUAACAAAAAACUAAUCCACAAAGUUUUUAAAAAGUGAGACAAAUUAUUCUUAUUUAAUAGACAAAAAAAUCUCAGUGAAAAUGGAAAAAUGAAGUAUCAAAGUCAAGGAACAUUACUCCCUUUCUGUUUUUUCCAGAACGGGAGUAAUUUCUUAAACUUCACUACAGUGGCAGCCUUUUAUAGACUGAAAUGAAGCUCCUGAAUAUUUUAAUCAACAGACAUCAAUCACACUUCAUGUCAUCUCUUAAUGUGUGAGACUUGCUCGCUUUGAUUUAGACUUAACUAUGUUCCAUACUUAGGGAAAUUCUGUUAAGUGUGCUGUGCACUGAAUAGCAGAGUUGAAAUAAUUCCACUGGAGACAACUGAUGUGCUACAGAAGGAUUGCUGGCUGGUACAGUGUAUUUUAACAUAUAGACCAAAUGUUCGAAUUUCAGCUGUGGUAUUACAUUACCAGAAGAAAGUGACAAAUAGAAAAAUAUUUAGACUGUAGGUAGGAGUAUCAACUGAGUGUAUUACUGUGGUUUUGAAGGCUGAAAUUUCUAUUUGUGCUUAUUAGCAAAUGCUGAUGUUCUUUUUUUUUUUUUUUUACCUCGGAGAGUGCAUGAAGGAAACGUUAUUCACUUUUGAGUUCUGGAACAUGUUUUACCAUUUUAUGCUGCCAGUUUCUAUUUAAUUUGGGGUUAGCUAGAAAACCAACUGAUUCUGAUACUUCAUUACAGUCACUCCUGAUUAAGUUAGUUGAUACAUGAGUCAUUUUCCUCCAGAUCUUUUGUUUUCACUUUAUUUGAAUAAAAUACAGUGGGUUUUGCAUUUAGUAUUCUAAAACUGGAGCAAAAUUAGUCUUGUGAACUAGCAUUUAGGUUGGGAAAUUCUAGAACUGAGAUUACCUGAGUGUCUCAUACAUGAGACACUGAACAUAUUGCAUUAUAUUUCCCAGUCAAGUAUUGCUACUGCAGUACAGUGUAAAGUGACCAUAAGGAAUCUGCAGAAUUUCAACAAAUUGUAUGGAUGCAAAAUGUCUGUGUGCUGGUGUGAAGUCAGAAAGAUUGGUUUAAUACUUCUAAACCUUAUUGUAUUGGUUAAUGUAAUAGAUAUAGGCAUAGUGGAAUAAAAUUCCUCAAAAUUGAAUUUUUUCUUGACAUAAAGUCCUUGAAAGUUAAGCAAGGAGUGCAGCUCCUCAUCCAUGUUGAAGCUGACAUUGCUGUAGUAACCAAGACUAUUGCAUUUUCCUUCAAACUUGAUUUCUGAAAUGUAAAGGUGUGUUCAGACUUUUAAUAGCUAUGUAGGCAUCAUGUACAGUCCUGUUUGCAUAAUUAUGUCUCUUUCUUAUAGAUAUAGACAUGUAUAAACAUGUUCAUACACUGUAAAAUUUUACUGGUCAAAAAGAAAAUUAAUCCUUUUAUGCUUGGAAAUCCUGACUGCAGUAAAGCUAGCAAAAGCUCUGUCAAAUAUCAGUGGAGUUACAAUUUCAUGCUGAAUUUUAGAAAAGGGGAGAGAAAUAUUUUCUCAGACUACUUUUCAUUGCAUUUUGAAGGUCUGCAAGUCUACAAUAUGUAUUGGUCUCAUGAGCAGCAAAUACUUGCUGAAAAAUCCAUUGUCUUAUAAAAAUAAUUUGAUAGCAAACUGUAAACAUUUGAAAUAAUUUGGCAGUAUCUCAUUUUUUUAUUUUAGAUUUUUUCCAAAGUCUGAGAAAUGGGAUUUUGAGUUCAUUUACAUUCUUUUAUAAGUACUUCUAAAUUACAUCAAUACAAGCUUAUGAAAUUUGUAAAAUUCUGAAAUAUUACAGCUAUUUGUUCCACUCUA